CUUAAACUUUGAGUUGAGGCAGAAGGAUGCUCACACCUUAAUGCAUUCUUCUUCAAUCUUCUUUACUACUUUGCCUUGAAUGUUGGGUUUGAGUUUAUCUCUUUCUUUCAUGCUCUGCUCCACCGCUUCAUCGCGUGGCACCGUUCUUCACGCGUUGUCUUCUUCUUCUUCCUUCGGAUCCUCCAAAACUGUGUGGUACUAUCGCUGCCUGGGCCUCGACCCUUGAAAAGCAGCGAGCUUUGGGGCCAUUUUUCAUCUGGGUGGGUACCAAAUUUGAAGGAAGAAGAACGUGUGGUACGAUGAAGAGUGGUUUUGAGAAGAUGGUGUUGCAGAAGAACAAGAAAAAGGGAAGGUACGAGGAUGAGACAAAGAGGAAGAGUACUAGGUUUCUGGUGACAAUUAACAUAAUGGGGAGUGCGGGGCCCAUAAGGUUUGUGGUGAACGAGAAAGAGGUUGUUUCUGGGGUGAUUGAAACUGCUCUCAAAUCCUAUGCUCGUGAAGGGAGGCUUCCUGUUCUGGGAUUUGAUGCCACCAAUUUCUUUCUUUACUGUGCAAAUGCUGGCUUUGAUGCCGUGAGUCCAUUGGAAGCGAUAGGAUCUUUUGGAGUGAGGAACUUUGUGCUGUGCAAAAAGCAGGUUUACUCAUCGAAAACAGUUCCACAAUCUGAGCUCGUAUCUCAAAAGAGCAGUGGUGGAUGGAAGGCAUGGUUAAAUAAAUCAUUAGGUUUAAAGAUCCUAAGCCAUUAAGAUAAUAAUAACGUUUACAUGUGAAAACGUUAUAAGUUUCGAUUAUGUACUGUGCUUUAGCUACAACGUAUAACGUUCAUGUUUUGUUGUACAAUCUAUUGGAAGCAACUUAAUAUUGAAUAAUGUAUGUUAUUAUUGGCUUCUUCA